AUCUAAACUUAUUUUAUGAAAGAAAACACGGAUGAUAUGGGAUAAUAAUAAUUUUUUCGCGGUAUCCCCAUCAUUAUACUUAUACUUUAAUAGCUAGCGCUUGUUCGGACAUACCUUUAGCAUAUAAUUUUCUAUAUUUUGUAUCUUACUUUCAAGCUGUGAUCAUGUCGAACAAUGGGAACCGUAAAAGAGUAGCACCCCCCUCUGGACGUCCAUAUAAAGUUCGAAAACCACGUAAACACCAAUCUGAAGAUGAAGAUAGUAAUGAUUCUUCAACAUCAGAUCAAGCACAAGAACUACAAAGAGAACCUUCACCAUUACCAGAUGAACCAACUGAAAAGUUACCAGAAGAGCUUUUAAAGACGUUUUAUAAAAAUCCAGGAAUCCUCAUGAUAGCUGGACUAGUUUCGUGGGAUUUAGUUGCAAAGAGAGACAACAACCCAUCAAAAAAGACUCAUCCUAAUUUAUAUACAUUCCAUAAAUUUACAGAUCGCAAGUACAGACUAAUAGUUAGUGGAUGCAGUGCUGGUCAUUCAAUUCUGGUGUCUGAUGAGGGAGAAGCAUAUACUUUUGGGCGUAAUACGUGUGGCCAACUUGGAUUUGGUGAUACAACAACUAGAAAUGUUCCAGAGGCAGUGCCCACUCUCAAAGGCUUCAAUAUAAUUCAGGCUGCAGCUGGCAGAAACCACAGCUUGUUUGUGACAGAUACGGGCACGGUAUAUGCUUGCGGAGACAACAAGAGCGGCCAGUGUGGUCUAGGGAACACCACACCUCAGAUACUCAAACCCACCCGUAUCAGAUACACAGGGGCUCCUGUUGUCAAGGUUGGUUGUGGAGCUGAAUUCUCCAUGAUAUUGGAUUGCAAUGGAGCUUUGCAUUCCUUUGGUCUUCCAGAGUAUGGGCAAUUAGGUCACAACACCGACGGAAAGUAUUUUUUGACGUCCACAAAGCUCUCGUAUCAUUUCGAAACUGUACCGAAACAUAUUGCAUUCUUUUUCGAAAAGUCUAAAGACGGUCACGUGACGCCGAUCAAAGAUGUCGUCAUUGUAGACUUCUCCUGUGGAAACAACCACACGGUGGCAAUAGACUCAUCGAAGCGGGCGUUCAGUUGGGGCUUCGGUGGCUUCGGUCGUCUUGGUCACGCAGAGCAGAAGGACGAGAGCGUGCCUCGUCUCAUCAAGUACUUUGACUCGCACGCGCGUGGGGUACGCUCCGUGCACUGCGGAGCUACAUACAGCCUUGCUGUCAACGAACUAGGUGCACUUUUCAUGUUUGGACAAACUAAACGCACCGGCGAAGCCAACAUGUAUCCUAAGCCUGUGCAAGACCUUACAGGCUGGAACAUACGCAGUGUGGGAACAAGUAAUACAUCGAUUGUAAUAGCUGCCGAUGACUCCUUGAUUGCUUGGGGUGUUUCGCCUACUUACGGGGAGUUGGGCACUGGUGACAUAAACAAAUCGACAGCUAGACCUAAGGAAGUCAGUCGAAUGGAUGGAUUGAACAUUACCCAAGUUGCUAUGGGUUAUUCCCAUACUCUGCUACUGUGUGACAGUUCAACAGAGGAAGUGAAGUUGAAACUGGCCUCUAUGCCCACUUUCGACCCCUAGAUGCUGUACCUGUUGCAUUCAUUUUUAUUAAGCAAAUAUUUCAUAAAAAAAAAUACCUUAUGGUGGAUCGUACGAAAAGUACACACUUUGAAUUUAAUUGAAGUCAUUCAUUAGAUAGUAAAAAUAUAUGAACAUUUCACUUAAUUAUUUCGACAAUAUAAAACUCCAAUAAGUGAAAGAUUUAGAAAAUGUUUGUAUAAUUUCUAUAAUAGUUUUUAAGUAAAUAUACAAAUAAAUCUCAUUUGCAUAAUUCAAGACUGUUAUUUAAGUAUUACAUUAAAUCGGGUAGAGAACUAGUGAUGUCUGGUAACAGUUUUAUUAUCUACAUACUAAUGUUAAGCUACACUAUAAUUGGAAAUUUAAAAUUUACUAACUUAUAAAAUAAUACUAUAUUUUCAGUAUUGUAUCACAAAAUACUGUCUCAAUUUCAAGUUAGAUUGUUGUUUCUUUUUGCUGUUUGGAAUUUACCUUAAUUUUUUUUAUUAAAAUUAAGUAAUUACCAGUAUUCAAUCUCUUUUAUCCAGCUCACGUUUUGUAAUUGUAUAGUAAUAGUAUAUUUUAUAGAACUACAUAAUACAAGUUAUAUAAAGAAACUCUUACCUCAUCACGAGCAGGCCUUGUUAUUUGUUUUAAACUGUUACCGUAGUUGUCUCGACAUGUUAUCAAUUCCAAAUACCUCUACAAACUCAUUCACUGCCUCACUAUAUUCUCAAUUUAAAUAGCACACGUGACCUCUAUACAUGACAUGUGCAAAUUAUGUUUAAGUUUACCUUAGAUAUAUUUUUUUAUAACAAUUGCUUUAAUUGAUCUAUCCAGAUUAUACUAAUUUUAGUUAAUAUAAGUUUUUUAGACUAUGAUUUGUAAAGCCGGGGACAAUAUCAUAAAGACAAACUUUCAGUUGAAUGAUGUAACUAUUGUGCUAUGAAAAUUCUUGUUUCAUAUUAUUUGUAUUAAUAAAAUAAUUUUUAAAACUGUCGAUAAAGUCUGAUUUCUGAACUACUUUAAAUUCUAUAAUUCCUGAUAUGUAAAGCAAAUGUUUACAAUAUAGUUGCUUAUUAUAUAUACGUUACUUAUACACAUUGAUAUUAGGCCCAUGAAGAUUAAUAACAGUAUGGUUCAUACCAUGUACCAAUCUGAGUUGUAAUGGUUGGGUCUGGCUGGUGCGCUCAAUAAGAUUCAUCGAAUUAUCAUAGGUUAAUAUUAUACAGAACACUUUACUUUAUAUUAAAUAUAGUAAAUUUAAUUCUGUAAUGCGAUAAAAUAUAUAACAUUGAUAAGAUAAUUUUAAAGCAAGUACUUAAAGUUGUUUAACAUUUCUAUUUUCCAAUGUCCCCGGCUAGCAAGGUCCACCUCUAUUUGAUAUCUUAGUAUACGACAUUAGUAAUAGUACUGUACACUUUACAAUCUUGUGUAUCUACUUAUAGACAUUUUCUACAAGUUUAUGGUGAGAUUUCUCAAUUAAAUUUAAGGGUUUUUAUCAGUGUACUUAGUCAUAAUGUUAUUUAAAAUGUGUUUAAGAAUUAGUAUUAUUGUAUAUCAAGUAAUCUGCGCUAGUGUGUAGUUACUAAUCAUUCCGAAACAAGUUACUCUUUUUUUUAAUAAUGUUCGAUAGGUUUUUGUGUAAUGUUAAAAUAGAUCGAAGGAUUAAUGUUUAAACAAUCAUAAGUUUCAGUGGUAUAAACUUAAAAAUAGUUGACUGCACAAAUUGUAGUAUGCACAAUGUCACUACUAUGCGACAGUGCUGCAUGUUGUCAUACUUUGAUGUUUGAUAAUUAUUUGGUCAAGGAGUAAGUUUAGAAAUUAAUUUGCUGAGUCUGCCUGUAAGACACAACAGAAAAGUAAUAAAAUUAUGUAUAAACCAAUUCAUAUAUUUUAACAUAGUUAUCAUUAUUUUUCUGUGUCAGUGUCUAUGUUUUAAUUAGAUUUAAAUGCCUAAUGUUACAAAAGUUUUAAGUAUCAAUAGUAAAAUUAUAAAACUAUAUUUGUUUAUGCAGGCAGAACAAUUACACUCAAACAGUUCGUAAAAUAAUAAAACUUAUUGUUAGCUUUACACAAUGUUAAAAACUGCAGAUUUUACUUGAUACAUUGUUUCUUUAUAUCGUAAGUUUAAAUCAAACAAUGUUGUUAACCACUCUCGAAAACUUUUAAUUUGAUAUAAUUAAUUCUUGCCAACGACACAUUAUACCGAUUAGAUACUUUUAAAUAAAUAAAUGUUUUAAUUAAAA